GGCUGCGGCGGCGCUCCAUCGCUGACAGGCAAUCCGGAGCGCCUCCCCUCGCCGACGAGCGCGCCGGAGGACGAGGAGAAGCGGCUCGCGGGGAGUGUCCCGCCCGCCUCUCCUCCCUCUUUCGGCCGCCUCCUCUUCCCUUUUCUCCCUGGCGGAGCUGGGUGGGCUCCUCUUUCCGAGGAGCCUGGCUGGGCACGGCUGCUGAGUGCUCCGCUGACUGCUGCGGUGUCGUGGAGGAGCGCGGAGCGCGCCAGGAGCCGGUUUCGCUCUUCGCUUAGAUCUCUAGGAGACUUUGGAGAAUUCCUGAAGAGAUUACCGAACCAGAUUCAAGACAAACACAUUUCCAGGUUUGCUGGGAUGGGUAAUCUUCUUAAAGUCCUUACCAGGGAAAUUGAAAACUACCCACAUUUUUUCCUGGAUUUUGAAAAUGCUCAGCCUACAGAUGGAGAGAGGGAAGUAUGGAACCAAGUCAAUGCUGUCUUACAGGAUUCGGAGAGCAUGCUUUCAGACCUGCAGUCCUACAAAGGAGCGGGACAGGAAAUUAGAGAUGCAAUACAAAACCCCAAUGAUAUCCAACUUCAGGAGAGAGCCUGGAACUCUGUGUGUCCUUUGGUUGUGAGGUUGAAGCGGUUCUAUGAGUUUUCUCUCCGGCUAGAGAAAGCGCUGCAGAGUUUACUGGAAUCUUUGACCUGCCCUCCCUAUGCACCAACUCAGCACUUAGAGCGAGAGCAAGCCCUAGCAAAGCAGUUUGCAGAGAUCUUGCAUUUCACUCUCCGCUUUGACGAACUCAAGAUGAGAAACCCCGCAAUACAGAAUGACUUCAGCUAUUAUAGGAGGACGUUGAAUCGCAACAGAAUAAACAAUAUGCACCUCGGCAUUGAGAGCGAAGUGAACAACGAGAUGGCUAACAGAAUGUCCCUGUUUUAUGCAGAAGCUACACCAGUGCUGAAAACACUGAGCAAUGCCACAACACAGUUUGUUGCAGAAAACAAAACCCUACCAAUCGAGAAUACGACAGAUUGUCUAAGUACGAUGGCCAGUGUAUGUAAAGUCAUGCUGGAAACGCCAGAAUACAGAAGUAGGUUCACCAGUGAAGAAACCCUCAUGUUCUGCAUGAGAGUGAUGGUUGGCGUCAUCAUUCUCUACGACCACGUCCAUCCCGUGGGAGCAUUCUCCAAAGCCUCAAAGAUUGAUAUGAAAGGCUGCAUAAAGGUUUUAAGGGAAGAGCCAGCAGACACAGUUGAAGGCCUUUUGAAUGCUCUCAGGUUCACCACGAAACAUCUGAACGACGAGUCUACUUCGAAACAAGUUCGAGCUAUGCUUCAGUAGCCCCCUCCUUUUGACAAAUGGACUUUUGUAUU